AUUUUGUUGAACAAAGCCGUAGGAGAGACAAAACUUAUAUUAGAUCCUGUCGUUGUGCAUAGAAAUGACGAUUUGCGUAUUCCAGGGUGCCAUUUCCUGACAGAGAUGUAAUUUGUUGAGUUUUUAUUCAAACUGCGAUUAUGCAUCUUAUUUUUCUGACAACAAAACAAACAGUGUGCUUUGAUAUGCUGCAUUGAACCCGAUCAUAAUGGCAGACACCAAGUUAUUAAAGAAAUUUGGAGGUGCGGAGUUGGUUAUGGUCAUCAUAUUCGCAGUAACGGUUGUUCUGCUUAUUGUGAUUUUGAUCAAAAGACAAAUUUUAAGGAUGCUGCUGAUAUCAAAAAGGGGUCCACACACUGCUGUAGGAACCGGUGCACCUCAGAUAUUAGAUAGAGAAAUAGAAGUUAGACUUAGAAAAAUUGCAAGAUUGAGAAUUGAGCCAAGAAUGAUGGCAGAGCAGUUUAAUAAAUCAUCAGAAGAAACAAAUGAAUUUGAUUSUCCUCCAGAUCAAUAUGCAAGGAGCUAUAAGUAUAGAUUGAAAGCAAUGGACAAAAUGACGGAACUUGAUGACCUUAUUUGCUCUAUCAACAAUAAAUAUGGUAGAAGAAAAGGCCAAUCUGUAAGAGGUUACCUUCGCAUGCUACAGAAACAUCCAUUUAAUGUAAUAAAAGGGGGUGAUGAUACUAUUGAUAAACUGGCUGAGAUGUAUGAGCAUGCUAGAUAUGAACCAAAGGAAUUUGGAAACCUACAGUAUCGCAAGUUUGCCUACUUGGUUGAACAAAUGAAAGACAGGGUAAGGCUUUAUAUCAAUGUUCCUGGAAGUCUUAUAAUUAACACCUCAAGCAAGCAACCCAAAAAGCCUCCAAUAUCAAGCACUAAAGUUGCAACACAAAGCACAGAGAUUAGACCUGAUGAAACAGAGGAACAAAAAGAAGAUGAAUCAAAACUUUUACCAAAUAAAACACCAGAAAAAGAACAAAUUGAGCAGCAGGAAUUAGACAUUGAAGAAACAGAUGAUGUAAACCAACCACUUUUGCCAAACCAGGAGAAGGUUGAACCAACAGCUAAAGACUCUGUGUCUGUUGAUACAGUUGUGUUGGUUCAUAGUGGAAGUACAAAGGAGCCAACAACAAGUAGUGGAUUGAAUGAAGGGCCUCCUCUAUAGCAGGACUUGAACUAUUACUACAGUUACAAAUUCUACUUGAAUUUUAAAAAUAACACCAUUGUAUAGUAUAUAUAUACAUAAUAAGACAUAGUUGUAAUUUAUACAAAAAAUGAAUGUCUAAGCAAGCCAGAGAAAAUAUUUCAUGGUUUGGUGAGCUUUCUACAAGAUUUAGUUCUUGUCAAUGUAUUCAGUGUGAUCUAAGGAAAAUAUGAAAUACUGAUAAUACUUUAUAAGUCUAAAUAAAGUGGAUGGGUUUGAUGAAAUCUCCA